UCUCUCUCUCUCCGCAAUGGGGGCCGCGCCGGCGGCGGAGGAGGAGGAGGGGACUGGGGCGGCGCCGGCGCCGGCACCGGCCACGCUCGCGCCGCCGUGUGCGACGCUGUAUGUGGGCGACCUCGACGAGCGCGUGACGGAGAAGGAGCUUGCGAGCGCCUUCGCGGGGUUCGGCCCCAUCUCCUCCAUCCGCGUGUGCCGUGACCGUUGCUCGGGCGACUCCCUCCGCUAUGCCUACGUUAAUUUCCUCUCCUUCGCCCACGCCGAUAAGGCUCGCAAGUCGAUGAACCAUGUCGCCCUCAUGGGGCAACCCAUGCGGAUCAUGUGGUCGAAGCGGGAUCCCAUUUCACGAAGGACGGGGGUCGGGAACCUCUUCGUUCGGAAUUUGGGGGCGGGAGUGAACGGGGCGGAGCUGGAGAGGUUGUUCUCGGUGUACGGUGUGGUGGAGUCGUGCAAGGUGGCGGUGGACGAGAUGGGGAGGAGCAAGGGUUUCGGAUUCGUUCAGAUGGGGUCGGAGGAGGCGGCGCUUUCCGCCAUCGCAGCGCUCAAUGGCAAGACCUCUACCGGCUUAAGCGAGAAGCUGUAUGUGUCGAAGUUUUUACAGAGGAACAAGUGGCAAACUGGGACACAAGAGCCAGAAUACACAAACCUUUAUGUCAAGAAUCUUGACAGGGACAUAACAGCUGAUAUUCUUAGAGAGAAAUUUUCUGUAUUUGGGAAAAUCAACAGUGCAGUUGUGAUGAAAGAUAAAGAUGGCAAGUCCAAAGGGUUUGGUUUUGUCGAUUUUGAAUCAGGUGAGCAAGCAAAGAAGGCAUUGGAGGCUAUGAAUGGUUCCACACUUGGUUUGAAGAUCAUAUAUGUGGGACGUGCCCAGAAGAAAUCCGAACGCAAGGAGCUACUAAAGCUUCAGUUCGGAAAGCCUUAUGGUUCUAAUGUGUAUGUGAAGUUUCUUGAUAAGUCGGUUGAUGAUAAAGCUCUACGAGAACACUUUGCUGUCUGCGGUAAAAUCUUGUCAGCCAAAGUGAUGCGUUAUGAAAAUGGAGAGAGCAAGGGUUUCGGAUUCAUUUGCUUCUCUUCCCUGGCGGACGCUAACGCUGCUGUUGCGAAAUUUAAUGGUACCAUUUUCCACAAUAAGCAUAUCUAUGUCGCAAUUGCUCAGCGCAAGGAAGAUAGGCAACAGCUCAAUUUUGCCAAGCCGAUACCAGGAAAGGGUGCUGCAUCUUUUGGCUUCUCACAGAUGCACUAUUCACCUUACUGCACACAGAUCAAUAACAUACCUGUGAAACCUGGUGUCCAAAUUCGCUAUUCUUCAUUGCUCCCUUAUCAAUCAAAGGUACCAACUAAUGCAGAUGCUACCUGGGCAAAUUACGUCCCUUUCUCUGUACAGGCUAACCAUGUUCCAUAUGUUCCUCACUUGGUAAAGCCUGGUUAUAUGCAAAAUUUACAGCAUAUGCAGCUGCCAAAUGGCUAUGGGAGUUGGCCGAGGAUGUGCUACACAAGGAGGCCUGCCUAUGCCUCUCAAGGAUCCAAGAAAAUGAGUGAGAAUGUCAUAGUGGUAAACUCUGAUCAGAACGCAUUUUGCCGGAAACCUCUCUACUCUAAAUGUCAGAAAUAGAAGAUUAAGCUUCGGCAAACAUCUAGAAGUGGGAGCUGCUCGUGUAAAGAAAUUUUCGCAAAAGUUACCAGGCAAACAGGCAAUUCAAAACUUUUAGAUAAUUGAACAAAAUCAAUUUUGUACAUGUUCCUGCUAUUAAUCAUUUUAGCAUAUCGGAACAAAUCGAGAUUUGUAGAAUGCUCUGUACUUUUCUGUUCAUAAAAAAUUUGUCCUCAUCGAAUGUUAAACUCGGUAUUUUUUCU